AUGGGCAUAUUUGGUAUUCUCCAUUGUCUGUUUUUCCAGGCAGUGUGCUAUGUGCUAAUAAGGCCUAUUUCGAAGAGCACUUACCGGAGGAUAAACCGGCAGGUUGCAGAGCUACUAUGGCUCGAGCUUGUGUGGCUGAUCGAUUGGUGGGCUGGUCUCAAGAUUGAACUGUACACUGAUUCUGAAACCUUCAAGUUAAUGGGUAAAGAACAUGCACUCGUCAUGUGUAACCACAGGAGUGACAUUGAUUGGCUUGUUGGAUGGGUUUUGGCUCAGCGUUCAGGUUGCCUUGGUAGCACUCUGGCUGUUAUGAAGAAAUCAUCAAAGCUCCUUCCUGUCAUUGGAUGGUCUAUGUGGUUCUCUGAAUAUCUCUUUCUUGAAAGAAGCUGGGCAAAGGAUGAAAGCACCUUAAAGUCAGGACUUAAACGGCUAAGGGAUUUUCCUCUGCCAUUUUGGCUGGCACUUUUUGUUGAGGGGACUCGCUUCACACAGGCAAAACUUUUAGCUGCUCAAGAAUACGCAAUCUCAACAGGGCUGCCAGUUCCAAAGAAUGUAUUGAUUCCUCGAACGAAGGGUUUUGUAACAGCAGUAAGUCAUAUGCGUUCAUUUGUUCCUGCUAUAUAUGAUGUGACGGUUGCUAUUCCCAAAGCAUCUCCUCAACCAACCAUGCUCAGACUUUUUAAAGGACAAUCUUCGGUGGUUCAUGUGCACCUCAAGCGACACUUGAUGAAGGAUUUGCCAGAAACAGAUGAAGCAGUUGCUCAAUGGUGUAAAGAUGCCUUUGUAGCCAAGGAUAAGUUAUUGGACAAGCACAUAGCUGAGGGCUCCUUUGGUGAAAGACAGCAAGACAUUGGGCGUCCGGUGAAGUCCCUUUUGGUGGUCUGUUCUUGGGCCAUACUGCUCAUUUUGGGAGCAUGGAAAGUUUUCCAGCGGUCCUCAAUCUUCUCGUCGUGGAAAGGCAUCACCUUUUCAGCGAUUUGUUUGGCUAUCGUGACAAUCCUCAUGCAGGUCUUGAUUCAGUUCUCGAAAGCUGAAAAGUCGACCCCUGCUAGAAUCGCUCCGACAGGAGGGCGUGAAGCGUCGAGUAGACAACCAAAACAGCAGUAGGUAAAAGCGUGCACAUCUCAUCGGCCUCACUAUCACUUACCUUCCUGAUCCAGCUGAGUUAUCUCGUCCAUUUUAUAUAUGUAAUUUUCUAACAGUUGACAUGCAUGUUCUUGAAUUUCUUAUAUGGUUGUACAAACACAAUUAACUGAUCUUGUCAUGAUUUGGGAGAACUUGGCUUGAAAAUUCAUUGUUGUUAAUUCAA